AUGCCGGACGUGUACAAGCGUCUGGGCUUCGACCAUAUGCCUUCAACCAAGCGCAACGCCCCAAUCCCAAAAAGUCUGACUGCUGAACAGUCCAGAAUGAUCGCCGUGUUCAUGUCCUCCGUCUACCAAGCCCCUCCAAAAAAACGACUUGAAGAAGCCGAAAAAAAUAUGUCCACCAGUGGAGGGAUUGAGUGGAAGAGAUACAUCCGCGUCUUCUCUCCCAGGUUCAACAAGAUCAUGGACGACGCACUGAAGGAGCUGGGUUUCUGGCCUCCGAUGCUCAUAGAGGGCCAGGACGACGACGAGUUCCCUCCCUCUGCCAACAUUGUAGGCCCCGCUUCCCCAUUCCUCGGUCCAAUCCUUCUCGGCGCUUGGGGUUCCAACGGGUUAUUCACCCGCCCACGCCUCAUGCCGUGCAUCAAAGGUAUCACACUCCACGCAGUCUCGCGACAUGUAAGGGCAUGGAAGGCCGCGAAAGCACUCCUCUGCGGGACAAAUUCGAAGGCAGGGCUGAUGGACCGCACACGGAAAUUGAUGAAAGAAAUCGUGGACGCAGAUGUGGUGAAAGCGAGCCAGCUCAGGGAGGUUACUCUCUUGUUCGGUGACAUUCGUGCCAAGAUCAUGUGGGUCCCAGGGCAAAUGACGAAAUUGCAGCAGUGGGAGGGUUUUAUUAUGGGCAUCCUCGACAGCCACAACAUCCCGGCGGACCGUAUCCUGUCCAGGAUGAAGGACAAGAAAGGCAUCGAGAAAGUCGCGCGCGCUCGUGCCCAAGGUAGCACCAAGAAGCUCGCCGAUGUCUCCACUCCCGAGCAAAUAACACACUGCCUCAAUAAGGUGAUCGACCAUUUCACGAAUUACACGGACCCUGAUGAACCCAAUGGCGGCCCUGGGGAACCAAUCUACACUGAACCACUCGAUGAGAGGGGCGACCUCGGUGUUGAAAAGUUCGCCCACAUGAACGAAGACCGGCUUUUCGAGCUGUUGGGUUUCAGGGAUGGUCGUCCGAUUACUUGGCGGGCGAACCUGCCAAUCGACGAGAAGAAGAAGUCCAACGACAGCCAGGAGCCAACGACAGCCAACAAGGAGGCGCAGGAAGGCCCUCCUGUCAAGCUCAAAUGGCAUCAAGCAGUGGGAGUCGCAGCGAUGGUGGACAAGACAUUCCAUGGGCCCAAUGAUCCGAAGCCAUUGAACAUGCUUCUGUGCGACGCUGUUGGCGUUGGCAAGACCUGCCAGGUAAUGGCAUUUCUUGGGUUUCUCCAAGCGCUGAGGGUAUGCGAGGAGAGCGUGAGUAACCAGCACCGUCCGCACAUAGUCGAAGGGGGUGAGUUCUUUUCUCCCUUUCCCCUCUAUUCUCCAUUCGGAAACACUCGUCCAAUGCCAAAACUGGUUGUGGUGCGUCCGCCAGGCGACAAUAAAACAUGGUCCACACCACCGCACGCCUCGCCGUCCUGGAGGGCGAGUAUUGUGCAGGGCGUUGCCAGCCAUGGCCUCCGAGCGCUCAUUGUCAAGCACCUCGCCUUCCAGGAGCGCGGGGUGUGGGGCGCUCUGUCAGAAUCAUCGGCUGCCCGUGCACACCUCGCCUUCCUAGACGGGGAGGAUGUAAGGGCCCGGUUGGAUAAGUCGAUGUUCAUGGGAGAAUCAAGUGUACCAGACCGCCCCCACCUUCUUGUGAUACCAAAUUCCCUCGUCGACCAGUGGAUUUCCGAGGUCAAGAGGUUCUUUGGCGAAGGAUCCGUCGAUGUCUUCCGUCUGCCUACUAGUGCGACCGCUGUCUCCGACUUCUUCACAAAGGAGGAUUCCCCAUGGAAAACCUCGCAUCAGCCAAUGUGCAAUCGGCUUGUGUUUUGUGCGCACUCUACGUUUGGAAAUUGCACUGCGAUGCAUUGGUAUACCGCCAAGCGGGGCGUCAAAACCCCGCCAGACGCCCUUCGACAGCGACGUGAAGAGGGAGAAGGGCUUGAGGCGUCCAUCUUCGACAUCCUGUGGGGUCUUGUCGUCUGUGACGAGCUCCACGACUUCAAAGGCGAAACUUCACGGGGCUUCACCGGCAUUGUUCACAUACAAAUAAAUGCUCUUCUGUUGCUUGGAGUGACAGCGACUCCAAUCAUGAACAAGGUCCUGGACCUCCUGAACAUCGCCCGCAUGAUGGGCUUCCCUUACUUCACUCUAGAAGCUGGGUACGAGCUGGCUCGCCAGUAUAAGGCAGAACAUCGACAAGCGCACACCUUGAUGAAGAGCGCUCGCACAGAUGACCAUGAGGCGAUCAUCGACGGUGUAGUCAAUGGUCGCGCUAUUGACGCCCACGUCGACCCUACCAUCCACCUACAGGCCGCCGCAUGCAAGACUAUCCGCCAAUGGCUACCUCACUUCCAAUGCCGCGUCAUACGUCGAACCAACAAGUCACUGCGCUACGACAGCAAACGAAUCAACGAUCUCCCCACUUUGACAGAGGUUCACAUUCCAGUCCGCCUUACAGUGGGGGAAGCUGAACGCCUCGACGCCGAGCUCCAAAAACUCAAGAGCACAGCCAGCAAGGCUGUGGAAACAAACUGGGAGGAGUUUCUUACCGGUUACCGCGUCACGGUUGCCUACCCUUUCUGGACCCCUGACGAGCAUCAACCCACCAAGAAGACCUUUGAAGAAGUUGCAAGCCUCGACGAGUGGGAGGAGAGGCGAGGGUCCAAACUCCAAACUCUGGUCCGCGUCCUGCAACACUAUCUGGGACACGACAACGCCGCCCAUCCUUUUGUUGACACCAACGAUAGCCUGGUCUAUCCCCCUCACCCCGAUGUCCCCGAAGGGGAGUCAGCACCUCAAACGAGGAAGAUAAUGGUGUACUUGUCAUUCACAAUGAUGGUCGAUCUUUUUGUCUCUGUCCUCCACGUGCACGGAAUCAACUCAUUCUCCUUGACCGGAGCGAGCACGCCAGACCAGCGCACCCGUAUCAUCAACAACUUCAAAACGAGUCCAACCCACCGCGUUCUGCUUUUCACUAAUGUGGGUACGACUGGGCUCAACAUGACAGAGGCCAACGUCAUGAUACAUUUCGAUAUGACAUGGAGCGGUGUGUAUCAAGAGCAGAUUAACGGUCGCAUCUGGCGCAUUGGUCAAGAGUCGGAUGUCACGGUGGUCUACAUCAAAGCCUUCCAGACAACGGACGGUCUCAUGCAACACAAUGCGACGAUGAAAACGAGCAUGACGAAGACCUUGUGGGACAAGCAAACAGAUCCAGUGCUGGAACAGGUUCUCAGGGGGGAGUUCGGUGGUGCAGAGUCGGAGGAUGAGGACGAAAUUGAAGAUGACCCCGAGGAGAUAAAAGAGCUCGAGAAGGAGAUGAAAGAAGCCAUGGGAGGUGGCAGCAGCAAGAAGAGAAAGAGAAAGGCGCCACCCAAGGUGAACAAGACGAGGAAUGGAAUCGAAGAUGACACAGAGGACGAGAUGCUUGCACCCGUGGAAGACAAGGACCCCAUUGACGAACUUCCACCUGCCAAAAAGAUGAAGACCGUCGUCAUUGACCUGGUUCUUCGCGACGAAGGAGCCUGGCCGCAAGACAUUAUCGUGCUUCAAGACAACGACGACUUCCCGCAACCUUCCUCGAUUGCCGGUCUCGUUACAAUGAAGAUUGGUCCGCGUCUCUUGGGCACAUGGGGCUGCAAUGGCAACUUCACCCACCAACGACUCCAGCCGAUCGUCAGCGCACUCCUCAUCCACGCGGGCUCUCGUCUCAGGAAGUCGUGGUUAGCCUCCAAGAACGUACUUCACGGAGCUGAGGGCCUUUGGGCUCAACUCAGAUCGAACAUGGAGCCAGACAUCGCGAAGGAGGAAUACGUCAAGUCCGCGGACCUUGAAGCAGUAAUCAACCUCAUAUCGAAGAUACGCCCGCACCUCGCUUGGCAUCCGUCCCUCACAACAGAGGUGCAAGAGUAUGAGGGCUACGUGAUGGGCCUGUUGGAGUCAGUAGGCAUCGAGAUCGACCGGACUUUGGAUCACAUGAAGGACAAGAAGGGUUUCGAGAAAGUGACCGCCGCUCGCAAGCGAGGCUUGAAGAAGACGCUCAAACUUGCGGAUCUGUCCCGUCAGGAAGACGUGACCUCGCUCCUCAAUCGCGUCAUCGACCACUUCAAGAGCCUCGAACCUCAGGGGGAUGAAGACGCGGGAAUCCAGCAGAGUGCGGAGGCGCACGACCAACUGCAAUACAUCGACAAGGAGAUGGGCGACCUGGGGGUCGACAAAUUCAACAAGAUGACCGAAGAGGAGCUCUUCGACCUCCUCGACUUCAAGGACGGGCGUCCCAUCACAUGGUGUGAGUACAUUGAGAAGAACGACAAGGUCAACACGUGGGGAAAGUCUGCCGCCGAAAAAGAGGAGAUGAACAAGCCGGGGCCAACGCGAACAAAGGUCCAAUUGAAGUGGCAUCAGGCCGUCGGCGUUGCCUCUAUUCUGGACAAGACGUUCCAUGGGCCCCAUGAAACGAAACCGGGCAACAUUCUGCUCUGCGACGCUGUCGGGGUCGGGAAGACUUGCCAGGUCAUGGCUACAAUCGCGUUCCUCCAGGCUCUCUGGACCUGUGAGUCAAAAGUAGACGACACAGGGCGACCUUCAUUGGUCGGGAGCACUAUAGCUAUAGCCGGGCUCCCUCGCCUUCCUGGACGGCAGGCUGUGGGUGCUUCCCUCCCCGCGGAAGUUACGGCUGUCGCACGACAGAUCACACCCGCACUCGGCCUCCAGGAAGAGGACAAAUCAUACUUCAUGGGGCACGAGAGGGUCCCGAACCUGCCGCAUCUUCUCAUUGUGCCCAACGCCGUCGUGGACCAAUGGAUCUCCGAGUUGAAAAGAUUCAACGUCGAGGGAUCCAUGGAUAUCUUCCGUCUUGGCCCUUCUGCCGAGGCAGUCGCGCACUUUUUCACUUCCCCGGACUCGAAGUGGAACGAGUCGCAUCAGGAGCUCAUCAAGCGCGUUGUCGUCUGCCCCCAUUCCGCUUUCAACAACCUCACGAGCCACCAUUUCUACACCUUCCGCCGCCCGGCAGGAGUGCCCCCCGAUACGCCACGAGACGUCCGUGCAGCAAGCCUCGAACUCGGCGCUUCGCUGUUCUCGCAAAAGUGGCUCCUCAUGGCUGCCGACGAGAUGCACGACAUGCGUGGGGAAAAUGCACGAGGGUUUGCUGGUGUGUGCGGGAUAUGGCCCCAGGCGGCUCUCUCGAUGGGCCUCACCGCAACGCCAAUUUUCAGCAAGCCGACGGACCUACUAAACAUCGCCCGGAUGCUCGGUUUCCGAGGGUUCACCCUCGAACAAGGGCACGCCAAAGUCCGCGCUUGGAUGGUUGACCACCGCGCCGCGCACACCAAGAAGAAGAACGACGAUAAGAGGAACAGCGAGAACCUGCAAAGCACCCUCGACAAAGUAGUCCACGGCCGCCUCAUCGACUCCUCUCUCGAUCCCGCCAUCCACACGCAGGCCGCCGCGUACAAGGCCAUCCGCGCCUGGAUUCCUGAACUCACGGGGCGUAUCAUCCGACGAACGCAUUUCUCCCUACGAUACGAUGGUAAAACGAUCAACAACAUCCCCCCAAUGACGAACGUCCACAUACCAGUGAGAUUAACUGCGGGCGAGACGGUGAGGCUGGACCAAGAACUCCAGAAGUUGAAGAGCACGGCGAGCAAAGCCAUCGAGACGAAUUGGGAGGAAUUCCUCACGGGGUAUCGCGUUACCCUAGCCUACCCUCACUGGACGGAGAGUUCUGAAAAGGACGGCAAGAAGGUCUUCACGCCGGUGAGCGACAUCAAUGAUUGGCAUGGGCGCAUUGGGUCGAAGGCGCAAGCCCUCAUCGACGUCAUCCGGCAUUAUCUGGGGCACGACCAGGCCCUUCACCCCACGUCCGAUGAUGAUGGCGUCAUCACCUACCCCCCUCAUCCCGCCGUCCCGGAAGGCGAGCGCCCUCCCCAGACCAGGAAGAUCAUGGUCUACUUCAACUUCACAAUGAUGGCGGACCUACUCGUCUCGAUCCUCCGCGUCAAUGGAAUCGAGGCUCUCUGCCUCACCGGCGGAAUUCCCACUGAUCGUCGAAGCGGGAUUGUCCGAGAGUUCCAGGAGCGCUCGGACGUGCGCGUGCUUCUCUUCACGAGCGUAGGAUCCACCGGCCUCAACAUGACAUGUGCCAAUGUCAUGAUCCACUACGACAUGUCCUGGAGCGCUGUAUACCAGGAACAAAUCAACGGCCGCAUCUGGCGUCUCGGACAGGAGACCGAUGUGACCGUUGUUUACAUCAAGGCGCUCGAAACGAGUGAUGGGCUCAUGCACCACCACGCAAUGCUUAAGGGUAAUAUGACCGACACACUGUGGGCGAAGAAGCCCAACGAUACUCUGGAAGCCGUCCUUAAGGGGGAGCCCAUCAGCUCCGUUGCGAGCGAGCACAGCGAGGACGAAGGUGCGGCUGAAGACGCCGACAUUUUGGCACAAGUCAGCAAAUCCCUAACCAAGAAAAGCGGCAAGAAGCGCAAAGGGAAGGCUUCUCAACCCGGGGUUAACAGCGACGACGAAGACGACCAACACGGGGAACAGAGCCAAAAGCGUCCAACAAUACAGCUGCCCGACAAGUCUACCAAGGUCAUCUUCCGUGAGCCGGGAACCAAAGACAAGGGCAAGGGGAAAGCCAAGUCCAUGUCCAUGUCGAAGAAAGGCACAUCUGAAGACCCCAUCGACAUAGACAACGACGCACCGGUGAAGAAGCGCAAAGCUAAAGGAAAGGCCAGCACCGCCGUCCAGGGCGGCGAAGGACAGGCUGGCCCGUCGAAGCCGAAGAGAGGCAAGCGCAAGGCGGUAGACGAAGAGCCGCCUGUCGAGGGAACCACAAAAAGCGUGAAGCGGGGCAAGACAGACUUAGUACCCAAUUCGGAGUCGCAGAUGGUGAACCCUGCCCUGCCCUCGACCUCGACGUUUGGCAGCGAACAGGUCCCUGCACCGCCCUCGGCGUCUCAGACAGCGAGCCUUGGUGGUCCCCAGGUGCCCGCCCCCCUCACCCAUUCGUCUACCCCCCCGACGAACACCAACCCCCAGGGAGGAGACAUUCGGAUGGCGUCGCCCGGGGCGAAGGAGACAGGUAGCCAGGAUGCGGACAAGGAGAUGGACAGCCCAGCUGCGGAGGGCCCGGUGGCUGCGGAGGGUCCGGUCGCGCGUCAGGGCGGUAUACCAGCGAGCACCACCACACCCCCUGGGUCCCCCGCGCGCCCCGCUCAGCCCGAAGUCAGAAUGGAAACGGACUCACCAGCACAAUCCCCACCCGGGACACCACCGGUUGAUUAUGAGUUCCCGGCAUGUGAUGCUCCCUCUGCCUAA